CCCGCCCUUUUUGUUACCGUGUAUAUCAUCACCUCUCAUCCAUUUUUUCUCCAUGGUUUAAUUUCAGUAACAAGCUAAUUUCAAUGGCUUUUUUUUCCGAUUUCUUUCUCUGAUUAUUCCAUCCAUAAGUUGUAACAAGCUAUUUCACUUGCUGGUCUCCCUUUCAACAUCAACUCAUUCCCAUUUUCUCUAUUUUCACUGUUCAUCAUAAUACAUAUGGAGGGUUCUGAAUGUCAAGCAGUUGAAAUUGACAAGCCCAGAGAUAUUUUUCUUGGUCAAGUUGUGCAGAGCAAGGAUGAAGCUUAUAACUUAUACCAAGAACAUGGCUUCAAGAUGGGUUUUAGUGUAAGAAAAGGGAAGGAAUUGUACUAUGAUAAUGAUAAAAAGAACACACGUUUGAAAGAUUAUUAUUGUUCCAAACAAGGGUUUAAGAACAAUGAACCAGAAGGAGAAAUCGUAGGUGAAGUUGCUUAUCAAAGGGCUGAUUCAAGGACAAAUUGUAAAGCAAUGGUGCGAUUUAAUGUUAGCAAGGAUGGAGAAUGGCGAAUUACUAAGUUGAUAAUGGAUCACAACCAUGCUUUGGUACCGCUUGAGCAAAGACAUUUGUUACGCUCUAUGAGAAAAGUAUCAGAAACCAAAGGAGGUCUCAUAAAGUCUAUGGUUAAUGCUGGUAUGAAAGUUACUCAUGUUUGGAGUUAUUUAGGAGAAGAGGUUGGUGGAUUUGAUAAGCUUGGCAUGACAAUGAAAGAUGUGCAUAAUUUUGUCUACACUGAAAAGAGUAAAUUAAUUAAAGGUGGAGAUGCCCAAUCUUUAAUCAAUCACUUGCAAAAUAGACAAGCACAAGAUGCCAUGUUCUACUAUAGUGUGCAGUUAGACCAAGAAUCACGUUUAACCAAUGUGUUUUGGAGAGAUGGUAAAUCCAAAGUUGAUUAUGAUUGUUUUGGAGAUGUUGUGGUUUUUGAUACCACUUACCGUACUAAUACAUAUGAUUUGAUAUGUGCUCCUUUUGUUGGGGUAAAUCAUCAUUUGCAAAAUGUUAUGUUUGGUUGUGCUUUGUUAUCUGAUGAAACUUCUGUUUCUUUUAAUUGGCUAUUUAAAGUGUUUUUGGAGAGCAUGGGAAAUAGACAACCAAAAACAUUUUUUACAGAUCAAGAUGGAGCCAUGGCCAAAGCAAUCGGAGACGUAAUGCCAAAUACAUGUCACCGUUUAUGCUUAUGGCAUAUAUCUAAGAAUGCACCUUCUCAUUUUGGUGAUCUUAAAUCUGAUCAAAAGUUUCAAGGUUUGUUUUGGAAAUGCAUGUCAGGCUGUGAUUCAAAAGAAGAGUUUGAAAGCACUUGGAGUUAUAUGAUUAAUGAGUACAAGCUUCAAAAUCACAAGUGGUUGAAAAGCAUGUAUAAAAUUCGCCAUAAAUGGAGCACUGCAUAUAGCAAGGAUGUGUUCUCUGCUGAUAUCAAGUCAUCUCAAAGAAGUGAGAGUACAAAUAGUGUUUUAAGUGCGAUUGCCGGAGCAACAACCAGUCUCAGUCAUUUCUUAUUAGCAUUUGAAAAAAUGGUAAACAAGUGGCGACAAUUAGAGACUGAAAAGGAAUUCAAAAAUAGCCAAAGUAUGCCUCCCCGCAUCAUUAAUAUCAGUGAGACUUUGAGACAAGCAUCUAUGAUAUACACUCACAAGACUUUCAAACUUUUUUUGAAUGAGUAUCUUGCUGGAACGGGUGGAAGUACUUCUAAAGACAUUGGAGAAUCUGAUAAUUUGUCAUAUCAUGAAGUGAGUUCAAAUCAUAUGCCUAAUAAGAAACAUAUGGUAGUAUUUGACUCCUCUGCUGCAAAGAUCAGUUGUAGUUGUCGAAAGUUUGAUUCAAUGGGCAUUCUUUGUAGUCAUGCUUUGCGAAUUUACAACAUCAAAGGUAUAUUAAAAAUACCUGACCAAUACUUUCUGAGAAGAUGGUCAAAAAAAGCAAGGGCUGUGAUUUAUGAUCACAUAGAUGAGAGUUCAAAAGAAAAUUCUAUCUCAGAAAAUGCAAUGAACAAUGGUGGUGAUUCCAUGAUCCUUUAUCGCAAUGCUAUUAUGAAGUUUUUUUAUAAUCUAGUUUUGGAUAGCCAGGAACACAAAGAAACUCAACAAAUCAUGUGGAAAUUGGUUUAUGGUGGAGUUAAGAGUGUGCACCAAUGCAUCAAUGAGCUCAGUUUGAUUUCAAAAGCAACAACUAGUGAGAAAAAAUUCACUCAAAAUGAGGAUAGUGAUCACAUUGCAAUUUAUAAUCCUCGCCGCGCAAAAACUAAAGGAAUGUCUAAUACUCGCAUGAAAGGGCAUUUUGAAAAAAGAAAAGGAUCAACAACAAAAGAAAAGCAACAUAAAAGUGAGUUUCUUGAUUAUUUUUUAAGUAUACUUUCAUCAUUUAUUGAACAUGUUUAAUAUUUUGUUCUGUUAAUAUUUUUUAUCACAGAGAAAAAAAAAAAAGAUAGCUUUUGUUCCAUUAGUUCUUCCAUGGAUGGGCCUUCUAAUAUUCUCAAUAACAUGGACAACACUUCUAAUGUUCCUUCUACUUCUUUUGGUGCACCUUUAGAGGGUUAUAAUUCCUCAAGUUGGGGUUUAAAUACUCCAUCCAUUCCAUUUACUAAGAUGUUACAAGGAAUUGGCACAUGUAACUCAUUGAUUCAGGAAUCUCCAAGUGGUGCUUUCCAAGAUAGCCAAGAACAUAAAAGAAGUUAGAGAGAAGUUGAAAUGGGCUACUGGUUUUUUGUAUGCAAUAGAAGAUUAUAGCCUAAUUUUGGUUUUAGUUAUGCAAUACUUCUGGUUUAAGAGAUGCUGAAAGCUCAAAAUUGAUGGUUUUGCUUAUGAAGUGGCCCGCUUCUACAUUAUGUCGUGAAUAGCUUUUGUUUAGCAUUUCUUUUGGUGUACAAAUUAUAGCUCUUAUUUUGCUCUUGUGCUCAAGUUCAUGUAUCAGUUUAUGCCACAUUAAUAUGAGCAACAUGAAACAAGCUAAAUCUAUAUUUUGGUUGUAACAUAUUGAAAUAGAGCUGUAAUAUAUCAGUUUAUA